AUGGCAGAGACUCAUGGUUUGAUGGAGAGACUGGAGAAAGCAGUGACUCGACUUGAAUCAUUAUUUUCAGAUUCACACAGAUCUGGUGGAAUGGAGUAUGAUGCCAUCAAUGGAGUCAAUGGAAGCAUAGCACCGUAUGUUGAAGCCUUUGAUAAGCUGGUGAAUGGAAGUGUUGCUGAGUUUCUCAGGUACAGCAAGAUUCUUGAAGGUGACGUGAAGACACAUGCAGAGAUGGUACGUGCUGCUUUCCAAGCACAGAGAUCUUUCCUGGUGUUAGCAUCUCAAUGUCAAGAGCCUCAAGAGAAUGAGGUGGCAAUGCUUCUCAAGCCAAUAUCAGAGAAGAUUCAGGAAAUCCAGAACUUCAGAGAAAGGAACAGAGGAAGUAAAAUGUUCAACCACCUCUCAGCCGUCAGUGAAAGCAUACCUGCCCUUGGGUGGAUAGCAGUGUCUCCUAAACCAGGCCCUUAUGUCAAGGAGAUGAAUGAUGCUGCUACCUUUUAUACUAACAGGGUAUUAAAGGACUACAAGCACAG